UAAAUUAUUCGUUGACUCAACUCUGCUCAAAUCCUUAUAGCAAUUUUUCCAACCCCACCAUUUUCAACUACCAACAGCUGUGCCGUAAAUCUCAACACAGCGGCAUUUGACAACUGCGCCUCAUAAUACAACAAUAACAAAACAGUCGUUUAAACAGUGAACAUUUCAUAUUUAGUUGUGAAGAGCACACGAAAUCGAAACAAAAAAGCGAGGAAUCAUGAGUUUGGACGCUUUAAUCAAACUAAAUAACCAAACAGCAGGACGUGAUAAAAUUGCACGGCUGAUUCAGUACACAUCGCGUGCCUUAUGGGACUCGCUGGAGAGUGUCGAUGCCAGUCCUGCACUCGCCGAUAACUUCAAAACAGUGGAGUACAUACUGAGCACUUUCCGAAAACUUUUGCGUUUCGGUCGCUGUGUGGACGUCUUCUACUCUUCGUUGCGUACAAUACACCAUCCUGAAUUGACGAUACGUGUUACCUUGACAUUGAGCAAGUUAUCACAGUCACUGUUUCUUUUGGGCGAUCACUUUAUGUGGUUGGCACGUACUGGCCUCGUCAAGAGCAUAAAUACAAAGAGUUGGGGCAAAUUCGCGAAUAAGUAUUGGUUGCUGUCAAUUAUAAUGAAUCUCUGUCGCGAUGUAUAUGAAAUAUUUCGUUUAAUGAAUCUGCAUAAGGCAGGCGCAAAGAGCGGUAUAAUCCGUGGAAAUAUCACCACCUCACCGUUGAGUAUAAAUUCACGACGUGACUUUAAUCGAUUAGCCUUGUAUUCGUAUUCCUUGAUGUUGGCCCACAAAGAUGUUGCUGUGGAUACGGUGAAAAAUCUGUGCGACCUAUUUAUACCAUUAACAGGUUUGGGUUAUACGAAUUUGACACCACGCACAAUUGGUAUUUUGGGUGCUAUUUCGUCUGUGGCCGGUUUAUGGGCAUUAUUAGAUCCAGCAGCGAAGAUAUUGCCGGCAUAACCUCGAUUGUUGCCAUUGGUAGGCUAAGAAUUAAAGUAGAGAGAACCACUUUACCCCUAAAUUAUGAAUUUUGUGAUGAGUAAAUUUAUAUAGAUUCCAAAAUAAACAAAUGAAGACUUUGAAUUCAUCUGAUUCGUAUUAGAAUAUGCUUAUAUACAUAUGUAUACCACCAUGGUUUGCUUAUUUUUUUUGAUCUAUU